AACAAAUACGACGACGUGUAGGAGGAGCAUUACUGCAUUAGGCUACUACCAGUCUGAAGGAAACGAAAGGAGUAAGAAAAAGAGAUCAUCGGAGAGAUGACGAAAGGACAAGUUCUGAGCGCGUACAGGGCGGUGUUGAAAGCCACUCGGAAAUCAUUCGUCGGCGAUCAUCAUAUGCUGAAGGGAUCUGCGGCUGAGGUGCGUAAGCAGUUCGAAGAAAGCCGAAAUGUCACCUCCGAAGCGGAAAUCCAGAAGCUUCUUGCACAGGCCAAUGAGGCCGCUGAGUUCGUCUCUACCAUGCUCGUUCAGGCACCACUCAAUAAUGACGCCGGCAGUUACGUAGUGAAGCCUGAAAAAGAGCAUGCUGGUGCAACCCUUGAAAUCCCAUCAGAAGAAAUUAUUCGUAAGUCAGGAUAAAGAUAGAAGUGAAGAGAAAAGAUGCAAGCAUGAAAGACACCUGCUGUAUUUUAAACCAACACAAAUUUUACGUGCUGCUAAGAUCAGAGGCUGGAUUCGGUUGCUUAAGCGUUGUCUUUUUAUUCUUAUUACAACUUUGUUUUCAUUGCCAUUUUGACUAACUAGUUAAACACAAUUGGUGGCAAUGUACCAUCUCUUUGGUAGCUGAAAAUUACGUGUUUUAUACGUGCAAGGACUAGAGUAAAAUUACGGUCAUUCAAAUAAUUGAUGGCUUUGAUAUCGAACAAUA